UUAAACCCCACAAAAAACCCAAAAGCUCACAGUUUCAGAAAAUUGUACUGACAUGGAGAAAUCUUUGGCGACCUUUGAUAAUGGCACAACUUGCUCCGCCUGGAACCACUGUGGCCAGAGACUCGCCACUGGCUCCGCCGACGGAACCCUCUCCAUAUUCGAUUCUCAGGACCCAGCUUCUACUUCUUCUUCCUUCACCUGCACUUCCAAAUCUAGGAUACAUGAGGCUCAAGCUGGCAUUGUGAGGGUUGUUUGGGUUCCUCCGGAAUAUGGAGAUGCAGUUGCAUGCAUUUGCGCAGAUGGAACCAUGUCAUUAUGGGAGGAGGUCGUAGAAGAUGCGCAACCUCUUAAAUGGAAGCUGUGCGAAAGCUUUAAAAGAAAUUCAUCUAAAGUGCUGGAUAUCCAAUUUGGAAUCUCUCUGACAAGUUUGAAAAUGGUUGCUGCACAUUCAGAUGGCCAUGUGAAAGUCUUUGAGCUCCUGGAUUCCUUGGAGAUGAAGAAUUGGCAACUUCAGGCUGAAUUUCAGAAUGUUAUUGAGUCAGUCUCUACAUUUGGUAAGGCUUCGUGCAUAUCUGCAUCUAUAUCAUGGAAUCCACACAGAGGUGAAAGCCAAGAUUCAAGUUUCGUUUUGGGUUUCAAUUCAGAUACACCCCAACUAAAUUCCUCCAAGGUAUGGGAAUUUGACCAGGCUCACCAAAGAUGGCUUCCAGUUGCAGAGUUGGCAUUGCCUGGGGACAGAGGUGAUCAAGUUCAUGCUGUCGCAUGGGCACCAAACAUUGGCAGACCAUAUGAAGUAAUUGCUGUUGCAACUCUCAAGGGAAUUGCAAUAUGGCAUCUUGGGUUGGACCCUGACCUAGAUGGAAGGCUCUCAGUGGAGAAAGUUGCAUUGCUUUCUGGUCACGAAGGGGAGGUAUGGCAGAUGGAAUGGGACAUGAGUGGGAUGACCUUGGCAACCACAGGAAAUGAUGGCAUGGUACGAUUGUGGCAGGCAAACUUAAAUGGAGUUUGGCAUGAACAGGCUGCCUUUGAGCCCACUUCAUAGUCCCUUGCGUAUUGUCUUCUGUUUCCUAGCUGUUGUUGUAGACUUGUAGUUUUUAUUUCUUGUAUUUAUUAAGAAAUAAGUAAUGCCAAAACUGUGUAAGAAUUCAGAGUUUCAAAUGCUAUGGUUUGCCUUCUCUUGUA